GAACGCAUGCAGGCGAAUCUAACAACUCUGUUGCGUCCAUAUACAGCUUCACAACAAAAAUCUAGGCAGCUGCUAGGUAGGUUUCUCGGCUUCUUCGGCAGGUGGCGACUGAUAGAUCUUGGCAAUGGUCGGUCAUUGCGCCCCGGCGUGCCACUGCCCCUCGCCUGCAGCGGCAUUCAUGCCGCCGGUAGCCGUCAACCAUUCGCGCUCGACAAGCAACAAAGCCAGAUCUUCAACGGCGCCGCUCCUCGAACCCAGGCCCAGACCUGCCGUCGUCGACGACGAAUCUCAUCGAAAGUUCCGGUACUUCGGCGUCUCCGGGUACAUGUUCAUGGCCGCCGUCAUAGUGGCCUCAAUAUUUUGGCCCGAUUGGCAAGACUCACUCACCACCGCCAUCGUGUUCUCCUACUCGACGGCGAUGAUCCUCCUGCUUCUCAAACAUUGGGACAGCAAGGAAGACCAACCAGCAAGGCGAUGCCAUGAAAGCACAUGGGUGCAGAUGUUGGUGGUCACCGGGAUCAUGUUGAUCUCCUUGGUGUUGAUGGUCUCCAUUUUCCCUAAUAAGUGGGAUCACGUGGCCAUGAUUGUGUUCGUCUCCCUGGUGGCCGCCGCGUUUAGUUUCUUGCUUCUCAAUGUCUGGGAUGCGCAACAUGAAUGGGAACGGGCACAGGCUGCAUCGGCAGGAUUUGACGAAACGUCCACGGAUCUCGCAUAGCCUUCUGUAUUCCACGUUCCGGGGAAGAAAAUAUUUCCAUGUAGAAGUAAAUCCUUUUUUACAUUUACACUUUUCUCAGUGUUCUGUUUGUUCCUUAUAUUUCAUUAAUUGUCGCUCAAACGGAUGUAUCUAACAUUGAAAUACGUUUAGAUAUAUUCAUUUCUUUCUU